GGCGCGGCCCCACGACCUCCAGGGGUGAGGUGGGCACAGAGCCAGGGCCGCGGGGGCGGCGGCCACGCUCUGGCCGCGCUUGCUGCUGCCCUCGGCCCCGCGCCCCUGCCCCGCCGCCGCCAUGGGCAAGAAGCACAAGAAGCACAAGACCGAGUGGCGCUCCUCGUACGAGGAGUAUGCAGACAAACCCUUGGAGAAGCCCCUGAAGCUGGUUCUCAAGGUUGGAGGAAGUGAAGUGACUGAACUCUCGGGAUCUGGCCACGAUUCCAGUUACUACGAUGACAGGUCAGACCAUGAGCGAGAGAGGCACAAAGAAAAGAAGAAGAAAAAGAAGAAAAAGUCAGAGAAGGAGAAAUACCUGGACGAUGACGAAAGAAGGAAACGGAAGGAAGAGAAGAAGCGGAAACGGGAAAAGGAACACUGCGACACGGAGGGAGAGGCUGAUGACUUUGAUCCUGGGAAGAAGGUAGAGGUGGAGCCACCUCCCGAUCGGCCAGUCCGAGCGUGCCGGACACAGCCAGCUGAAAAUGAGAGCACGCCUAUUCAGCAACUACUAGAACAUUUCCUCCGCCAGCUCCAGAGAAAAGAUCCUCAUGGGUUUUUUGCUUUUCCUGUCACGGAUGCAAUUGCUCCUGGAUACUCAAUGAUAAUAAAACAUCCAAUGGAUUUUGGCACAAUGAAAGAAAAAAUCAUGGCUAAUGAAUACAAAUCAGUCACGGAAUUUAAGUUGCAAGUUUUCACAGGUGUUUCUGUGUUCGGGUUGAAGUUUCUCACAGCAUCAAGGAAAUGGGCAGAUUUCAAACUGAUGUGUGAUAAUGCAAUGACAUACAACAGACCAGACACUGUGUACUACAAGUUAGCUAAGAAGAUCCUUCACGCAGGCUUUAAGAUGAUGAGCAAAGAGCGGCUGUUAGCUUUGAAGCGCAGCAUGUCGUUUAUGCAGGACAUGGAUUUUUCUCAGCAGGCAGCUCUUCUGGGCAACGAAGACACAGCUGUUGAGGAACCAGUUCCCGAAGUUGUACCUGUACAAGUAGAAACUGCUAAGAAAUCCAAAAGGCCGAGUAGAGAAGUCAUCAGCUGCAUGUUUGAGCCAGAAGGAAAUGCUUGCAGCUUGACUGACAGCACAGCAGAAGAACAUGUGCUGGCCUUGGUGGAGCACGCAGCAGACGAGGCUCGGGACAGGAUCAACCGACUCCUUCCAGGUGGCAAGAUGGGCUACCUGAAGAAGAGCGGAGAUGGGAACCUGCUCUACAGCGUGGUCAACACGGCUGAGCCCGAUGCCGACGAGGAGGAGACCCACCCGGUGGACCUGAGCUCCCUCUCCAGCAAGCUGCUCCCCGGCUUCAGCUUCACCACUCUGGGCUUCAAAGAUGAGAGAAGAAGCAAAGUCACGUUUCUCUCAAGUGCCAGUACUGCCCUUUCAAUGCAUAAUAAUUCUGUAUUUGGAGACUUGAAAUCAGACGAAACGGAGCUUCUGUAUUCUGCCUAUGGAGAUGAGACGGGUGUGCAGUGUGCACUGAGCCUGCAGGAGUUUGUGAAGGAUGCUGGGAGCUACAGCAAGAGAAUGGUGGACGACCUUCUGGACCAGAUCACAGGCGGAGACCACUCCCGUAUGCUCUUCCAGCUGAGGCAGAGGAGAAAUGUCGCGAUGAAGCCAUCAGAUGAAGUAAAGACUGGGGACUCCCUAGGAGAUGGUGGCUCUGUGCUGGAUUUCAUGUCAAUGAAGUCGUAUUCUGACGUCUCUUUGGACAUCUCCAUGCUCAGCUCUCUGGGGAAAGUGAAGAAGGAGCUGGACCAUGAUGACAGCCAUCUGAACUUGGACGAGACAACAAAGCUCCUACAGGAUCUACAUGAGGCACAAGCAGAGCGUGGGGGCUCCCGGCCAUCGUCCAACCUCAGCUCCCUGUCUAACACCUCCGACAGGGAUCAGCACCACCUGGGAAGCCCUUCUCGCCUCAGUGUCGGUGAGCAGCCAGAGGUGACCCAUGACCCGUACGAAUUUCUUCAGUCUCCAGAACCUGCAGCCUCUAUAAAGAGCUAGCCUUGUAGAUAGUCAUUAAUUGUUUUUCUUUGUUUUGUUUUUCUUUUGUUUUGUUUUUAUUUGCAUGUACAGAGUUUUUGUUGUGAGACAAAGACUAUCAUGUUCCCUUGGGCCUGCAGGAAGCAGCGCAGGGAGGGGGUGAAUUGUCUCUGAUCAUGUUGGCCGCACAUGGACCCAGUGUUUCUGUAGAUAGUCCUGUGAACCUGAAUAGUGGGAACCCUAAAUAAAGGGGGUGUAAAGCUGGUGUGGUCUUUCUCUGAACUUCGUGGUAUCAGUGAAGUCCUUCUCUGCGGCGGGUGUGGGCGCACCUGUUCUGCCCCGUGUCCCCCACAAGUGGCCUUUGGGAAGCAGAUUCUGUUGGGGAUCCUGUAUAUUCUUUCCCACUGUCCCCCCACAUCCCCGCAUUUCUGAGGCAAAUCAUGGUGGGGGCCAUACAGAAGCACAUGGGGAGCCGGUCGAGCACCCUCCUGGUCCUGGACAGGCAAGGAGUUGCGUACAGCUUCCCUGUGCUUAAUUCAUGUGCCUGAGAAAGAAGUACAUUCUACUGGAAGACUUGGAGGUCAGCUGUCUUACCAGUUACGAUGAAGUGUUACGUCCAUAAAAUGUUCUUUAUUCUGGAUAUGUUUGCUGGAUGCCUGCUUAUAUUGGCAAAGUAUAAAGAUCUUAAUAAGAUACACAAAGAGUGUAAUUGUAUAGAAUUAUUUACAGCACUACUAGGUGUCCGCUUUUGUGUGACUUUUCAGUAAAAAUCCUUUGUCACAA